CACGUCUGACCUCUACGGUAAAUUCGACUCCCUUUUCAAGCUCUUCGUGCGAAGGAACUUCCACACUAGCCCAUCAUGCCAUGCGCGAAACCGUGCGCAAACUGCGCUUGCGCUGGAUCUGCCCCCGAAUCGGACUCCGCAGCCGCCAUCACCCCAAAGGCGACGCUGCACUAUGAUGCGACCGGUGCAUCGCAACCGCUUCCUGCACGUUCCAACAGGAGUAUCAAGGACGAGCGCACGCCGCUGCUCUGGGAGACGUCGGCGCCCGUGGCAGGGACAGCGUCGCAAGACGUCGAAGGUCGCCCGCUGGUGCGAUGCGAUCGGCACUCCAGACACGGGGUCUGCUGCAGGGAGCUGAAGGGCACGGACGAUCGAUCACUUAUUUCACCUGACACUAUCCGCGACUAUAUCAUCGGACUGAGCGAUGGCCUCACAGUUCCCUUUGCGCUAACAGCGGGUCUCUCAUCCGUUGGCUCGUCACGGUUGGUCGUCAUCGCAGGCUUGGCAGAGCUGAUCGCCGGAGCAGUCAGCAUGGGUAUUGGCGGCUUCCUUUCCGCACAAGCAGAGGGCGAGCACUACAAGCACCAAGAGCGGUCCACGGCUGAACGCGUAGCGCGCAGCUGCGACGGUGAAAUUGUCAGCGAAGUGCUCGAAAUUCUUCAGCCGUACGGCGUCCCCGACGAGCUCGCCGGCAAAGUCGCUUCUGCAUUGCAGCAAGCCGAGGCGCGCAAGCAGCAGCAAAUGCAACAGGAACAAAUACAAAGAGUGCCAGUGGAGGAGCUUGCUUCGCACGGCCUCACGCCCUUUUUGCUACGCCUAGGGCAGGGGCUAGAGCCCGUCUCGCCGUUGCGCAGCCUCCAAUCCGCCGUCAACAUCGGUGCAGGCUACGCCGUAGGCGGCAUCAUCCCGUUGGCGCCGUACAUGAUCUUCGAGGAGGUGCGCGAGGCGCUGUACGCCAGCAUCGUCAUCACUGCCAUCGUGCUGUUGCUCUUUGGCGUCGUCAAGCACCGCCUCACAGGUGGCAGGAUGAGCGUCAAGGCGUACGCUUGGUCCGCCCUCACCACGCUCGCCGUUGGCGGCAUGGCCGCUGCGUCCAGCUGGGCGAUCGUACGUGCUUUGGAAGGUCCGGAAAGGGUCUGAGAAGAGGAGCGUCGAAGGAAGCGAGCAAUGGGAAAGGUCGUUGAGUCAAGGGAGGGAUUUGAGGGCAUGGGGAAGCAGUCAAGGAGGGAUCUAUCAUUCGCAUCGUCAACAGAACAAUUAGUUGCGAAUAUCUUGUUGUCUUGUAUUGAGGAUGGCCUUGCAAUGUUGGUGC